AAUAACUCGCUUAUAAGCUGAGUCUGCGGCGUGAGUAUUCGGAGAUUUUUUUUUUCUCUCGGACGGGGGGGGGGGGCCUUCACGGAAAUAGUUAUCAAGAUCCAAACGACCGCCUUACGCUCCGAGCAGUUUGUUUUCGCGCGAGCGAUUUUUUUCAGGGGCCACGUGCAUGUUAGGGGGUGUCUAAGUGACAGUCCCGUGCACACAGCCGUGGCUCCUCAUUCGUCAACCACGACAGCACGCUACUGCUGUAGGGACGCACGAAUCCAUAACACCACCAUGGUCGUGGAGGCGCUACUCCUACCCAGGAAUGAACACUCCGAUGAUCUGCUGGAGUAUCUCAGUCAUACCAAACAGACUCCGAAGCACCUAUCGCUCAUCCAGAACGCGGCAGCUUACUACCAGUGCCUUGUCACCAAGCGGGAGGCCGGGACGAUGUCAACCCAACAGAGGGAUGCACACGCCAGGACCAACUACAAGAACUUCACCGUUCCAAGCUUCCUGUGUUGGUGGAAGACCGUGGUCAUUCAAACCCCCCCGAGUUGGCUGACCCAAGACCUUAUGGGCAUGACGACCGGAAACGAUUCAGGCUCUACAACACCGACGGUCUGGUUUGGUCCAAGUACCUAUCGUGUGGCCGUGAGAUCAGGAGGGACUUCAACAGAAUCUGGGACAGGCGAUUUCCUGGUGGACGGCGACCUCCCUUCCGGAAUGCAGGCCGAAGAUAUCUGGGAGAAUCUCCAGUUAUACUUAUGGUUCGAGGAUAGGAGGACAGCUGGACGCAAGAAAGAAGUGGCUGCCGCUAAUGCACGCGCGAAGUCUCAACCCAUAGUGCUGACGGGGGACGACGACGGCGAGACAGAGGCGGGGGUGGAAGGAGCGGGGGCGGGUGAAGGGGGGGGUAAAGAGGCGGGACCUCUCGGCCACUCGGAAGCGGCAUUGAGAUACGCCACAGCAAAAGCCCUGGCACGGGUCGAGGCUGCCAGGAAUAAUAAGGGGGAGGAUGCAGACGUGGUGGAGGAGAUUGCAGCUGGCAUCAAGCCGGAGACAGCUGACGAGGAGGAGGGGAAGGAGCCUGAGGAAACGGCGGGGGACGCAGAAACCGAAGAUGACCUAACGCGUCUGUACGGACCCAAACCCGAACACUGGCUGCACCCGGCUUCCCUCGUCUUCGCAAUUUUCGGGAGGCCCGCUGGUACCAACGAGGAUGUCGAUCUGAAGCUCAAAAUGACUAGUGGGAGGCCCAGUGGCACCAAAACGAAGGAGGCGGAGUCGGGAUGUGCAUCCGGGUCGGGAUCUGCGUCCCCGACUCCGGAAGACGAGAGUAAACCUUGCUUGAGCACGAAAGGCCUUAAGUUGAUGAACGGGGCCGGGGGUAAGCACAGCCGAGCGGAAAUGAAGACGUUGGCACACGAGGUCAACGCAGAGAACAAGAAGCUCAAGGGUGCAGAAGCCGACGCUGUUCUGAAACGCCGUGCCUUGGAGGCCCUGUCCACUCCCCCCGAAGAUUCCAAGAGUUCGUUGGAGUUGGUCGAAAGUGUCAAGGCGCUGACGAGGGCUGUCGUGAGCAAGGAGCUGCUCGACCAAGAGCAAGCCGAGCGUGCGCGUUGGAACGAGAGGGUCCGCGCAAUGGAGAGCAAGCUAGCCCUGUGGGGCAAGAUGGGGAAGGGGUCCACUGCAGAGGCUCAGGCGUUGCAAGAAGAGCUCCUCCACGCGUAUGACAACCCCGUCGUCGCCCCCCUGUCUGUGGCAGCUCCAAGCGUGGCCGAAGGCGACGGAGAAGGGGUAGCCGGGGGUGAGGUGGCCGGGACGGAGGGUGGGGGAGACAUGAAUGAUGCGGUUGAAGUUUCGGAAGUCAGGAUUUAAGGGGAUGCACGGCGGUGGUGAUUCCCACAAAUCUAUGGUUGUGUGCGGUUCGAUGGUGCAGACUCCAAAUUGAUUUAGGGGUGACUUCCAACGCAGCUGGAGGGUAACUUGAUUGCGGUGCGUAGAGACGGGGGGAUGGACCUUUGCUUGUGUGUUCUCGUGUUUCUUUUUCAGGGGUGCUUAAGGCUGAGCUACCGCGUGUUUGCAGAUUUCAACAUGUGCGUAUUGGUUCCGAAUCAUGUGAGAGGGGGUGCGUGUUUUCGGAGGUAGGUAACGACCCCGUCCUCUGCUGUUCCCCCGGCAGUGUCGACAAUAUACGCAGGUCUGGUUCGUGCCAGCCGUCCACGUACUUCUUGUGGGUAGUGUCGUACGUUUUGACGUUGCAAUGUCCGAUACAUUGGCCUGUAUGCUUGUGCUCAUGCCACUUCAGUACACGUAGUGUAGAAAUGUUGAUUGACAUGCAUGAGAACAACCACAAGACCCAAGUCUAUCACCCAUCUCUCC